AGGAUCGUAAACAUAGAGCGAGCACAGGAAGUUUGAAGGUGCUCGAACGACACGAGAGAACCAAGAGAAAGCUAUCUAACAGAGUUAUUCCACUAUGGCAGAGUCAGAUAUGACUGCACAGGAAUGGAAAGAGAAGGGUAACGAAGAGUUAAAAAAAAACAAUUGGUCUGAAGCUUCAAGUUACUAUACAAACGCACUGAAACUAGAAGAGGACAACGUUAAAAAAGCAGCGCUCUACAAAUAUCGAGCGGAAGCUUAUUUAAAACUGGGCGAUUACGAGAAAGUGAUUGAAGACUGCGACAGUACGUUAAAGAUAUGUUGUAAUAGAGUAUUGCAUCACAGAUGUCAAGCGCUAGAAGCGUUAAAGAAAUUCGAGGAGGCUAAUAGAGAUGCACAGAUUAUUAUUUCAUCUGAUAACGAAAAUAUCCAAUUCGAAGCAGAGCGAUUAUUUGAAAUUGUACAAGAACAUUGUAAGAGAAAUUCACGUAUUAGCGCCAAGAUAUCACAAGUGCUAGAUCCAGCAUUGAAUGUAAGCGUAGAUAUGAAAAAACGUGAAACUGCUAUGAGUAAUCUGCAACUGCUCACAUAUGAGAAAGUUAGUGCCGAUGAUGAGGUGAUCUUCAAAGAAAAUAAUUUAUCCAAAAUCACACAACUUGUGAAUAUCGAAAAGGACGUAUCAUCACAAGGCACUGAUAACAUUAAACAUAUCGAUUAAGAAAAUAUGUGAAUAUUAAUAAGAUGUUAAUUGAAAUCGAAAUGUCAUAUUAAUAGAAUAUUAUAUUUUUAAAUA